CCAUGCAACGUUUUGUGUCCUGUGUCAAAUUUUCAAAAUAUGCUUAUUUAUUGAUUUUUACUAGAACCAAGAGUGAACAUAGGUAUAUUAAGUUUUGUCAACAAUUUCAACAAAAUGAACGCUGCAAUCAACAUUGGUGUUGAAGACAUGACAGCAACGAUUGUUCGCUAUGGAUUAUAUUUGGGAGCUAUCUUCCAGAUCGUCUGUCUAGCAGCUUGUAUAUUCAUGCCUGAUUCUCCAGAAGACAACAGUUCUUGGGGAUCCAGAGUUGAUAGUGAUGAUGAAAGCUCUGAGCAGAGUACUCCGCAAAAUACUCCCAGAAGACCAUAUCAUAGGACCAGGAAGCAAGAAAAGAAAAAAAGACGUUGAAAGAAUUCGAAAUAUUUUUCAAAAAAUGUUAUCAGUAUCUAUGUUUGAUCUCCCCAAAAAGUCGAUUCAGUCCCACUUUUUGAUUGGAUCAAAAAUGUGGAUGCAAAUGUAAUCAGUGCUAGUGAGAUUAGUGAACAGUAUUUAUUUUCUCUGUGAUGAGCAAAAUAUUACAAAAAAUGGUAUUGCCAUGUGUUUUUUGACCUUGCUGUUUUCAAAAUGUUUAUAACUUUCUUACAUUUUAAGUAAUCAGGAUGGGACGAAGGUCACAAAAACAAGAUUAGAUAACAUACCUGGAAGCAAAUGCAAUAGAUUAAAUAUGGUUUAUGUUAUGUUAUUUCAUUAACUUCCCUGCAUAAUAUUUUCUAUGUUGUGCUGUAGUAGUCAGUAAAACUUACCCAAAUGUUAUACAGUAACACUUAUUCUUUAAUGUAUGCUUUUCCAAAUUUCUGUGUAUGUCCUAGAAAGCAGUUUGCCAGUAUAUUCUUGUCUCCUUUUCUUUACUGAUUUUAUGUAUGGUUCUAAUAUCCAUUCUUAUGGAAGUAUGGAUAUGGAGCGUUUUGGCUUUCUGAUUCUAAAAUAAGGAAGAAUGAAAAUAAUAACAUUGAAAACUCUUUAUAAAAAUAUGCAGGUCAUACACACAAUUUUUCUCAUUUGAGGGAAACAUUAACUCAAUGUUCAAAUGAGAGUAUUUGUACGAAAGGACUUUUUCCUUAAGUGCAAUUCAGUGUUCAUGUGAAAGUAUGUUUGGACAUAGUUUUUUCUUUCAGUUUGAAUCUGAAAGAAAUUUCCGAGUAUGAUUUUCAUAAAGAGUAUUUAUUGUAGCCAUUUUUUUUUCUGCCUGUCUUUGAGAGUUUCACACAUUUUUUGUUGAAAGAUGGGGAAAUAGAAAACCAAAAGGCUCUUUUCCCAUAUUCAUGUAUAUUUUUUUAUUUCAGGCCUGAAAAAUCAUUUAUAUAAAUCUUCUAAGUAAACGUCCUAUUCUCUCUGCGACCCUUGUCAAUAAUGGCAGAAAGGAGAUAAUUUCAUCAUUUAUAAAUUGAGUAUAAUUAAAGAAAACAGUAUUUCGAAGGCUGGAAAAUGUAUCUACCUUAGGUAUAUAUUCAGCGAUAUUAUAGAACUAUGAAAUUAUCUCCUGGUAUUAACUUUCAACACUAACUAGAGUGUGAACGACUGGUUCUAUUACUUCAAUGGUCUUAUUUAAGUAAAAUGGUUUCAUAGGUAGUUAUGCCCGUAAUGAUUUUUCAACUCUUAAGAAUUACAUUUCUUCAGUCUCUAAUUCAAUUACGCCCCAAUUAAUCUCAAAUUGAAUAAUUAGUUUAAAUCAAAUAUUUAAGCAACAUUGUAGAUACUCAUUCAAGAAUAAAGAAUAUCCAAUUCAGAA